GCGCCGUGAUUCCAUUCUUGCACAAUGUCGUGGCUUUGUUAUAUUGGCGAAACUGUGGCUGCCACGAGCUCAUCUCGCUUGCUUCGUCCCGGCUCACUACCGGCUCUACUGCAAUCAAACAUUCGCAGAGCCUCUGUCUUUACUGUUUCUGUCGCUUCCGAGGGAACGGCACAGGAGACAUCAUGUCAGGCACAGGCGAAGACAUUGACUGGAGUUUGAUUGGGCCCCCGCCGGACGACGGCCAUGGACACGACACGCACAAGGGCGACCUGAGCACGAAUGGGCCAGAAGUUGUGGGUGUCUGCUGGAUGCUGGUCGCGCUGGCCACGAUAUUCCUGGGAACGAGGUUGUAUGCAAAGUUCAUAGCGCAUCGGGGCAUGUGGUGGGAUGAUCACUUGCUGGUAUCGUCGUGGUUUAUGCUAUUAGCAUAUGUUAUUCUGAUAACAUAUGCCGUUUCCAGAGGUCUCGGCACACAUGACGGAAGUGGCCUCAAUGACCCUUCGACCAUGCAGUUUUUGAUUGCCAUCUCCAUCACCUUCGGUUCGCUGGGCGCCGCGUGGUCCAAAACAUCUUUCGCCAUAACCCUGCUCCGCAUUACGAACAGAUUCGUCCAAGCUGGGCUGUGGUUCAUUGUGAUUACCCUCAAUCUCUCUCUCGCGUUUAAUGCCGUCUUGCCCUACGUGUGGUGUACGCCAGCGGCCAAGGGCUGGUCGCCAACCAUUCACGGCAAUUGCUGGGACAGAAAAGUCACGAUCCGCUACAGUAUGUUUGCAGCCGGCUACUCGGCGGGCAUGGACUUUAUUCUCGCCAUCAUCCCUUGGACCGUCAUCAUGAAGCUGAAUAUGGCGUUAAAAGAGAAGCUGGGGGUUGCCGUUUGUAUGAGUCUUGCGGUCGUAGCUGGAGUCACAUCAAUCGUUCGCUGCAUCAAUGUGAGACUUCUUUACGAAGAAGAUUUCACUUUCGAGGCCGGAAUUUUGGCCAUGUGGACAGCUGCCGAGAUGUCAGUGACCAUCAUCGCGGCGUCUAUCCCAGUUUUACGUAUCUUGAUUCGGAACAUCGUCACCCACAGAUCGUACUCUCAGUCCGGUGGCAACGGCGAUUUUCAUGGCACGACACACACUUCUGUCAUCACAAGCUCGCGAAAGGGCUUGAAGAGCGGCAGUAGUGGUGAUGCAGAUAGCAUCACAAGUCUCGGACUGCCGAGACAAGAUCCCAGGCACAUUGUCAAGUUCGAGACCGUGAGAGUGGACUACGAAAGAAGGUCCAUGAGCCAGAGUGAUAACAUCAACACGUAUGGGUUUGAGAUGGUGCAUGUCCCUCCAAAAAGGCAUAGAAGCGUACGGAUGUUUUGAAGCAGGGUUAGAUCAUGAAAUGAUAUGUGAAGAUCCGCCCUAUUUUCAUGACAAUCUAACGGGGCGUCUAGAGUAUGUACUACAUGGGAACUUAUUUAUAUCACUCGUUUGAAAAAUCGCGCCACAGAUUAGAAUCAAUUCUCU